GGGCCCGACAUGGCGGAAGAGGAGGUGGCCAAGUUGGAGAAGCACUUGAUGCUUCUCCGACAAGAGUAUGUCAAGCUGCAGAGGAAAUUGGCUGAGACAGAGAAGAGAUGCACUCUUUUAGCUGCACAAGCAAAGAAAGAAAGCAGCAGUGAGUCCUUCAUCAGCCGCCUGUUGACGAUCGUGGCCGACCUCUACGAGCAGGAGCAGUAUAGUGACUUGAAGAUAAAGGUUGGGAGCAGGCACAUCAAUGCUCACAAGUUUGUCCUGGCGGCCCGCAGUGACAGCUGGAGUCUGGCCAGUUUGUCUUCCACCGAGGAGUUGGACCUGUCAGAUGCUAACCCUGAGGUGACAAUGACAAUGCUUCGCUGGAUCUAUACGGAUGAGUUGGAGUUCAGAGAAGACGAUGUGUUCCUGACUGAGCUGAUGAAACUAGCUAAUCGGUUUCAGCUACAGCUCCUUAGGGAGAGAUGUGAGAAGGGUGUGAUGUCUCUGGUGAACGUCAGGAACUGUAUUCGCUUCUAUCAGACUGCGGAGGAGCUGAAUGCCAGCACAUUGAUGAACUACUGUGCAGAAAUUAUUGCAAGUCACUGGGAUGACUUACGGAAGGAGGACUUCAGCAGCAUGAGUGCUCAGUUGUUAUACAAAAUGAUCAAGUCCAAGACCGAGUACCCAUUACAUAAAGCUAUCAAAGUAGAGAGAGAAGACGUGGUCUUUCUUUAUCUGAUUGAAAUGGACUCACAGCUCCCUGGAAAACUGAAUGAGUUGGAUCAUAACGGAGACCUUGCAUUAGAUCUAGCCCUUUCCCGACGGCUGGAGAGUAUCGCCACCACGCUGGUUAAUCACAAAGCUGACGUGGACAUGGUGGACAAGAACGGCUGGAGCUUGUUACAUAAAGGAAUUCAAAGAGGAGAUCUCUUUGCUGCCACUUUCCUCAUUAAGAAUGGGGCCUUGGUCAAUGCUGCCACAUUGGGUGCCCAGGAGACACCAUUGCACCUCGUUGCAUCGUACAAUUCAAAGAAACACUCAGCAGCUGUGAUGUCCGAGAUGGCACAGCUCACAGAGGCCCUGCUGCAGGCUGGCGCGAACCCCAACAUGCAGGACAGCAAGGGCCGGACUCCCUUACACUUGUCCAUCAUGGCCAGGAAUGAAUACGUGUUCAAUCAGCUGCUGCAGUGUAAACAGUUAGAUUUAGAGCUGAAAGACCACACGGGCAGCACAGCUCUGUGGCUUGCCGUGCAGUACAUCACUGUGUCUUCCGACCAGUCCGUAAACCCCUUCGAAGACCUCCCUGUGGUGAACGGGACUUCAUUUGAUGAAAACAGCUUUGCAGCCAGGCUCAUUCAGCGCGGCAGCAACACCAAUGCACCUGAUACAGUGACAGGAAAUUGCUUACUACAGCGGGCAGCCGAAGCAGGAAAUGAGGCAGCAGCUCUUUUCCUGGCAACCAAUGGUGCCCAUGUCAACCACAGGAACAAGUGGGGAGAAACCCCGCUUCACACAGCCUGUCGGCAUGGCCUGGCCAACCUCACUGCAGAGCUGCUGCAGCAGGGGGCCAACCCAAACCUGCAGACGGAGGAGGCCCUGCCGUCCCCGAAGGAGGCUGCGUCCCUGCCCAGCUCAGCGGACAGCAGCGUCUACCUGCAGACACCCCUGCACAUGGCAAUCGCCUAUAAUCAUCCAGAUGUGGUGUCUGUCAUCCUGGAGCAAAAAGCUAAUGCUCUACAUGCCACCAACAACUUGCAAAUCAUUCCGGACUUCAGUCUCAAGGAUUCUCGAGACCAGACAGUGCUGGGCCUGGCAUUGUGGACUGGCAUGCACACGAUCGCAGCACAGCUGCUGGGCUCUGGGGCUUGCAUCAAUGACACCAUGUCGGAUGGGCAGACCUUGUUGCACAUGGCCAUGCAGAGGCAGGACAGCAAGAGCGCCCUCUUCCUCCUGGAGCACCAGGCAGACAUAAACGUCAGGACUCAGGAUGGGGAGACGGCCCUUCAGCUGGCCAUCAGGAAUCAGCUUCCCCUCGUCGUGGAUGCCAUAUGCACCAGAGGAGCUGACAUGUCUGUGCCGGAUGAACAGGGGAACCCCCCGCUGUGGCUCGCACUGGCAAAUAACCUGGAGGACAUCGCAUCCACUCUUGUCAGGCACGGUUGUGACGCCACGUGCUGGGGCCCAGGGCCGAGCGGCUGCCUCCAGACGCUGCUGCACAGAGCCAUCGAUGAGAACAACGAGCCCAUCGCCUGCUUUCUCGUUCGCAGUGGCUGCGACGUGAAUAGUCCCAGACAGCCUGGUGCUAAUGGGGAAGGAGAGGAAGAGGCCAGAGAUGGGCAGACCCCUCUGCAUUUGGCAGCCUCCUGGGGGCUGGAAGAGACAAUCCAGUGUCUUUUGGAGUUUGGUGCCAAUGUAAAUGCACAGGAUGCAGAAGGAAGAACGCCUGUCCACGUGGCCAUCAGCAACCAACACGGUGUCAUCAUUCAGCUGCUGAUUUCUCACCCCGACAUCCACCUGAACGUGCGAGACCGGCAGGGCCUGACCCCCUUUGCCUGCGCCAUGACCUACAAGAACAACAAGGCGGCCGAGGCCAUCCUGAAACGAGAGUCCGGGGCUGCUGAGCAGGUGGAUAACAAGGGCCGGAAUUUUCUGCACGUGGCAGUUCAGAACUCUGAUAUUGAAAGCGUCCUGUUUCUGAUCAGCGUCCAGGCAAACGUCAAUUCCAGAGUCCAGGAUGCUUCCAAGUUGACCCCUUUGCACCUUGCUGUCCAGGCAGGCUCGGAGAUUAUUGUCCGCAACUUGCUUCUUGCAGGUGCCAAAGUGAAUGAAUUAACCAAGCACCGCCAGACUGCCCUCCACCUCGCUGCCCAGCAGGACCUGCCCACCAUCUGCUCAGUCCUCUUGGAGAAUGGAGUGGACUUUGCUGCUGUGGAUGAGAAUGGAAAUAACGCUCUGCAUCUUGCUGUCAUGCAUGGCCGACUCAACAACAUCCGGGUCCUUCUGACAGAGUGCACCGUGGAUGCUGAAGCCUUUAAUCUACGAGGCCAGUCGCCACUGCACAUUUUGGGACAGUAUGGCAAGGAGAAUGCUGCAGCCAUCUUUGAUCUCUUCUUAGAGUGCAUGCCCGAGUAUCCCUUGGAUAAACCGGAUACAGAAGGAAACACAGUGCUGCUCUUGGCGUACAUGAAAGGGAACGCCAACCUGUGCCGUGCCGUCGUCCGCUCGGGGGCCCGCCUGGGGGUGAACAACAACCAAGGGAUCAACAUCUUCAACUACCAGGUCGCUACCAAGCAGCUGCUGUUUAGACUCUUAGAUAUGCUGUCCAAGGAGCCUCCAUGGUGCGAUGGCUCCAACUGCUACGAGUGCACUGCCAAGUUCGGAGUCACAACACGCAAACAUCACUGUCGUCACUGCGGACGUCUUCUUUGCCAUAAAUGCUCGACCAAGGAGAUUCCUAUUAUAAAGUUUGAUCUGAACAAGCCUGUGCGAGUUUGCAACAUUUGCUUUGACGUCCUGACUUUGGGGGGGGUCUCUUAGUGAGCCCCCAGGAAGUUCCAGACCACAUCCUCAGUCGCCUCCCCAGCAGCUGCUCUGCUCACCAGCCUGGCCCACCCAGAGCAGGCGCUGGCCGUCGUCUUCCCACAGCGAGACUGGAACAGUUACGGACCAGGGUGACAGAGCCCGUUCCAGAUGAUUGUUAUGACUGUCAGCGUGUCAGACCACGGUCGAGCUCGCUGGACGUCUCACUGGUCGGGCCAGGCCUUUACGCCUAAGUGGUAAAUGUGAUAGGAAGUAGACCCCAUUCUGCUGGCGAUGUACAAGGACACUUGAAACCCAUUUUCUCUCCCAGUAGCUUAGUGUCCAUCUCAGAGCAUUCAUGGCGUCUCCUGCCUGGGUGGGCUUCCCAGGCCGAGCCUGGUCGUGGGAAGCCGGUGUCUGGCUGCACAACGAGAGCUGGCUUUCCUCUAGGGUGAGUGGCUCUGGACUUCUCUGCACAGUGUUUUCAUAAAGGUAAAUAGGAUCCUCUUGGCCUGAAGUUUCUCACUCUUUUGUUUUUCGGAAAAGCUAGGCUGUAUUUUUAGUGAACUACCCCUUUAAAAAAGGUGAAAUCUUUCUAAACAGGGUUCAAAGAUGAGAGCUGAAAAAUUGUGGCCUUAACAACUGAAAGCUUUACCAGUAUUCAUGCUGCUGGGGUGUCCAGCUGCACUCUGGCAGCUUGACACCUCCUAGCAGCCGUCUUGUUCUCUCAUCUUGCCGUGUCCUGUCUGGAGUCCUUAGUUACCUGCCGCUAGGCAGUGGUGGAGAAAAUGCACUUUCAUUGUGCUGCACUUUUUAUAUAGCUGCAUUACUGGUGAUUCCAAUUUAAAAAUCCAUAUUCAAAAAUACCCUCACAUAUCUGUGCAUCAGUGAUUCUACCAGUAAGCUUUGACUGGACCUCAGCUCACACUAAGUCUUAAAUGGAAAACUCCCUCGGAGUGUCCUUUGGAGCAAGAGAGUCACAUGGGGCCAAGUGAGGAGAGAGGGAAUCUGCAGCCUCAGACCAGCAGGUCCCAUCUCCUUGACAUGAGUGUUUCUUGCUAAAACCUUCCCAGUUACUCUGUGAGCGCCCUCAUGCCUGGGUCCCAGCUCUGUGUAGGUUCUUGAUCUGCCCUGUGAGAGCCACCAGCCAAAGGCCCUGGCCAAGCGUGUAUGACCCCGUUUUGGAAAGCUCGUGUGCUGAAUGAAGCCCCUGGAACCCGUCAGGCCUUAGUCGCUGCUAGUACGUAUAUAUUAACCCUGAGUUGUUAAACUUUUUUCUUUUGAAGGUUUUGGCCAGUUUUUUUAAAAUGCACAUUUAGAGAGAAACUUAUACCACUGCUUAAAAAAAAAAAAAAAACACUCUGAGAUGAACAAUAUGUGUUGUACAGCUGUACUCAGAGAUUAACAAUCUCAAUCAUACAUACUGUUUUUUUCAGACAUUUAGUAACCACUACAUUUUUUUGUUUGUUUGCAUUAAUGAAGUGUGCAUAUAUGUGUAAAAGGGACUAAAUAUUUUUUUGCAGCAGUCUGUUUUUUUUUGUUUGGAUAGUGGGUGUGUCCUCCAUGUCGCUGUAGAAUUUAUACAUCCUGUUGCCUAAAUAUGUGUGUAAAAUGAGCUGAUAAACCAGAGUGCUACUUUUUUUUUUAAUAUUUCUGUGAUUUAUAAGAUAUAUAUGCUUUCUAUGUUAAUAUGAGCUUGUGCACAGUAUUUCAAAGAAAAAAUUACAAGAGUUCCCUAUCCCCCAAAGUCUGUGACCUAUUUCAUACCGAAUUUUUCUAGAAAAACAACUGGUCUUGGCAGACACUUGACCAUGUGGAGCAUGUGUUCAGUUUCCAUUUCCUGUUGUUUGAACAGGGCCCGAGUAAGUAGGCCUUAGUCAGGUGGUUUGAUUCUAUCAUUGGAAAGUAAGGUAAUUAUGCUUCAGGUAUGAAUCGAGGUGGUCAGUACUUUUAUACCUGUUCUUUGACUGUCCGUGGUGCAGAGAGGAGGAUGGGAAUUCAAUGAGGGAUGAGGCUGGUUGUCCUGCCCCUGUCAUAAUAUACCAAUCUCAGUAACAAUCUUGCCUCUAAUUGCACUCUAAAAAAAGAUAUCUUAAAAUCAUGUUUGAAAUUGUCAGGCUUGUUUACCUUCACAGAGUCCAGCGAUAGUGAUGGUACUUAGCCUCCACGAGUUGGAGGGGACGUUUUGUGAGCUCUGUGGUGUCUUCAGAGUGCAUUCUUGUAGAUCGAGAAGAAGCUGCUUUCCACAGUCUUAGGCUCUCCCUGACACAUGCCGAUGGGUGGGAGGCCACACUCUGAGUUCCUCUCGCGGUGGCUCUGGUGGGACUUGACAUGCUGUUGGUCCUCUUUGUGUUUGCCAAGCUGUCGAACUUGACUCUAGAACUGCCUGGCUGUUCUUGUCACAGUUUAAUCCUUGGCUUAAAACUCAGUUUUAUUCAUUCAGAAAGUUGCCAAUUGUGAGUAAGUAGAGCAGGAAGACUAGACCUGAUUGAAAUAUAAUUUGCUGCAUCAGUCAACAUUGUUAAUGCUGCUAGCUUUUUAACUGCCGCUUGCUCAUCAGAUCUGUGAGAAAGUGUAUUCUUAAGUCUAUUUUUUUUUUUCUUAAAGAUGAAGGUACAAACCGUGUGCUACGUUGUAAACAGAGUGGCUAAAACUAACUUACUAUUAUCCUCGAAUACAGGAAACUUCCCACAAACUUAAGUGCCUGCGUUUAGGACUUCUUAAUUUCCAGUUCUCUUUUUAGUGGUGUCUCACUGAAUGACAUGUUAGAAUGUGUGUUCUGUCUGGAGUUUAUUGCUGGUGUGUUGUCAGCCCGUUAACAAUUCAGUUGAGGCCAGACGAGAUCACCCAGUUCACCUGCCUCUCUCUCUCCAGGAGUGGGGGUCCACGUGACCGCUAGUCCUCUACCUCAGAGCCCUGAGCUGUUCGUGACCACCCUUUUCAGCAUCCUCACUGCUCCCCCCGAAUGGGCUCCCUGCGUGAAGCUCAACUUGCUGUGGGUUUACUGCCACUCCUGGCUCACAUCUCCCACCUGUCGUAUUAAAUGGUAUUUUGCUCAUCUCAUCCAUAAUCAUGACGUGGACGAAAAGCCUUGGGACAUGGGAGAGCCUUGAUCUCCAUCUAGGUUUUAUUUUUAACCUGGAGGAGAAAACCCUACUGAGCUAUGUAAUGAUUAGAUCUGAAAAGCAAACUCACUCUCCAGGUGACACUAAGUAGCAUGAGCAAGUAAGCGGGAUGCUUCCACGACAGCCCCGCCUGGAACUCGCAGGUUGAGGCUAUGAGGAAGCUCAUGAGACAAGCUUUCUUCUGGGACCCAGGCUUGCUCCCCUCAGGACCAGCCCCUUCUAAUCUGAGGCACCAAAGGUCCCACCCCCCAGCCAGGGAGAGGAGGAAGCCGAGGGCAAACAAUUUCCUAAAGGGGUUUGGAAGCCACAUUCUCAUUUUGUGGAAGUAAUUCAGUGAAGAGCUGACUUAUUUGACUAAAACACUUAUUAAAUUUCCAGAAGUUAUCAUAGAUGCCUUAAAGAGUUUCUUUGAAAGAUCAUUCCCUGUACAGUUACUUUUUUGUGUGGCAUAAACAAUAUACUAACCUGUUAAAACAGACAAUGUUGGUGUUCUGUAGCUAGGGAGUCUUGAGUUGGUAGCCUGCUCAACUUAAUGACUUGACAUCGUGUUUUGGGCAGAUGUGUGGAGUUGGCUGUUACCAUGACAUACAUCCCUGUGUGCUCUGCCACGGGGGAGGCCUGGGCAGAAACCGCAGGCACAUGUUUAGGUUGAUCACUUUGGUUUCCAAGCCAUUCCAGGUGGUGGUCAGUGUGGGGCGUGGUGUGGGGUCAGUGGUGGUCAGAGGGCAUCAGUAGGACCAUGGCGCUUAUCAGCAUUGUUUCUUUGGAGUUCGUGUAAUGGAAUGUAUUUUUCAAAUAUUGAUAUUUGCAUUUUCUGUAACAAGUCCUUAUAAAUAAAAUGAGGUAAAAUUGU